AGAAAGAAAAGGACUGUGGAAGAAGCGUUAAUGGCGGAUUCGAUGAGAAGAGCGACACGUGGGCGGGCGAUCACGGAGGCGUCUCGAGGUCCAGAUCUCUCUGUAGUUUCAGAAACGGUGGAGUAUUCGGAUCCGAAGAUGGGGGCGAUUCGAUCUUAUCAGGAGCCCGGAGCUCCAUUUCUGCGGCGAGAAGCUCCGGCGUGAACGGCGGUCUGCUUCUGGAAUCUGGAAGAAGAAGCGGCUACAGUGAAGCAGAGCCUCGAAGGAGUGGGUACGACGGCGAGAAGAGAGAUUCAUUCAUGGAUGUUGAUGCAGGAUUCUAUGGGGUAAACAGACGCGUGUUUUCACUCAGAGAGAGCGAUUUCAAAGGCAUGGACGAGUCAAGAUUCAUAGAUUUGAAGCUCGAUUUUUCUUCAGAAUCCAAACCAGAGUAUCCAUCUGCAAAAUUGAGCGAUAGCCUAUCUGCAUUCGGGAGCACAAGGUGUGGGACUUUCAUGGGCAACGAUGGAGAUGGAGAUUUAAGCAGUGGAGGAUCAUGUAGGAUCACUGUAAAUGACAGAGGAAUCAAGAGAGGAAGAAGAAGCAUGAAGAGUUGGAGGUGGAUUUUCAGGCACCAUGGAAGUAAUGGGAAGAAAAAAGAUGAACAAGAUCUGAUGUUCAAAACUUGAAACAGAGUAUCAAUCAAACAAUCAAACCCAUCUUCUUCCUUUGUAGUUUUUGAUUAGAUUAGCUUUUAGUCUGUGCUUUAAAUUCUCCUCAGUUGUAGUUUUAUCACUUAGUCAUAUUAAAUUACCUCUAUUUCUCUCUUGUAAUAAUGCUUACUGGUAAAUGCUUAAUUCAAGGAGCUCAAUACUUAAAAUUUCCUUGAAA